AUGCGGAUAGCUCUCGAAGUUAAGAAUAAAUGGACCUUGGUGGACGGGAGUAUCACGCCGCCGAACAGGGAGCAAGCUCAGUACGCCGCGUGGAGACGGUGCAACCUCAUGAUCUGCGCUUGGAUCUUCAAGCCUGUUCACUCGUCCAUAGCGCAAAGCAUUAUGCAUCUCGACAGCGCUGAGGACGUCUGGGAGGAUCUGAGAAGAAGGUUCUCGCAAAGGGACGCACAACGCAUAUCUAUCCUACAGAGUGAGAUUCAUAGUCUACGGCAAGGAUCUCUCUCCAUUAAUGAGUACUACACAAAAUGCAGGACCCUAUGGGAAGAGAUGAACACCUUAAGGCCGAUUCCUCUAUGUAAGUGCACUCCCAGAUGCUCCUGCGAUUUGGUUGAAACAAUUCGGAAGGAAAAAGAGACUGAUCAGGUAAUCCUAUUUCUGCAAGGCUUGAAUGAGGACUAUAAUAACUUGAAAUCAAGUGUUCUUGUGUUAGAUCCCCUGCCAGAAGUCUAUAAGGUGUUUGUUAUGUCUGAAAAGUUAGAGAGGCAGAUUAUGGCAUCUCAUUUGAAUUUAGGAAACCUGGAUAUAAAACAGUCUAAUGCGGUUCAAACAUGCAUGAAUGAAGAUACUGUUGCUGCUUCGAAUGCUUAUAAUGGCAGGAAAAAUAACACUGUGAAGGCUAAAUGUACCUAUUGUGGCAUGAAUGGACACACAGUUGAUAGAUGCUACAAGAAACACGGGUAUCCACCCGGUUGGGUGCAAGGUUUUAAGUCAAAAGGGAAGCAACAGGGAACAGCUGCAUCCUUCACCAGUCCUAGCGAUCUGGGAAUAAACUCUGAGCAGUUGCACAAAUUGAUGACAUUCCUUCAGACACAGCCAAGCCAAGCAUCUGGAUCCUCCAAUUCGAACAGUCCCUCUGGCUCACAUAUCACAGCUGCAACUGCCUUGACUCCAAAGUUUGAAAAAUCUCACAAUCCUGAAGAAGGCAAGUUUUCUGUAUGUUCGUCAUCUUUAAACUCUUGCACUUGGAUUCUCGAUUCAGGGGCCACAAAUCAUAUUGUGUGUUCCCUUGAUUCCUUGAUCAAUCAUCACACAGUUAACAAUGUUAAAGUGAAUCUCCCUACGGGGCAAUGCAUCACAGUUAAAUAUGUAGGUGAUGCCAGGCUGCUCAAUGGAAAUCUAUGGCUGAAAGAGGCACUAUAUAUCCCUUCUUUCAAAUUUAAUAUUAUAUCUGUGAGCAAGUUAAUUCAAGAUGAUGCUUAUAAGCUAACCUUCAUGUCAAAACAGUGCAUGAUUCAAGGGAGUCAUGGUCAGAUAGUUGGUUUAGCUAGGGAAGAAAAGGGACUCUAUCUAAUGGAGGAAUCACAGGAAAUGCAGAAUGGACAGUUUGUUCUGCAAUGCAGUAAAUCUGAGGUCUGGCAUCGAAGGCUGGGGCACUUCCCAAUCAACAAACUACAUCUCAUUGGUGAUAUUGAUGUUGCUAAGUAUAAUAAUAAUGAGGCUUGUGAUGUAUGUCAUUUGGCUAAACACAAGCGUUCCCCCUUCCCAAUAAGUGUUACUAAUUCACAUUCCUGCUUUGCCUUCAUAAUUGAUUAG